AUGGCUGCUUUUUUGAAUUAUUUCCUCGUCGCAGCUUCUCUUACAUGGCCCAGACUAACGCCUGGCUGUGUUUCUGCCCUGACUUCAGACAUCGCGUGCCCUCGACAGGUCAAAACUUUCACUUGGGGGGACUAUUACCCAGUAGAGACACUCGAGCAGGUUUGCACUGCAAACUGCGCAUCAGCUCUCACUGGAUAUGAGGCGAAAGUAGCAGGUGCCUGCGCUGCCGAGACAUACAACCUGACUGAGCACAACGAUGCUCCCGUUUCCCUGAUCCCUCAGACACUGCACUACUACUACAAUCGCUCUUGCAUAACCGACGGUAGCAGAUGGUGCAACAAUGUCGCCGCGCAAGCAGCAGAGUCAACUAAUCCUGGAGCCGCGAGUGAGUUUAUGAGCAGAUCUCGGUGGCGAGAAGGUGCACAAUUUCGAUGGGAUGUGAGACGGCUGACAGUAUUUCCCCGGUCAGAGCGGCAAGGUAUAGACAAGUGCGACGACUGUCUCAUCAAACAGAUGCAGUUCGUGGCCGGUUCGCCAAUGAACGGUGGCGUGGCUUUUCAGGACGAGUAUUCGUCGCUUACGGCGAGCUGCUCAAAGACUGGUUUCCCUCUCGCGAGCUCUACAGCGCCCUACCCUCAACCUCCUGUCCCAACUUCAGAUCCAGCAACCCCUGUCUGCACCGGAGCGACAUAUCAGAUUCAGCCCGGGGACACUUGCCAAUCCAUCUCCGAAUCUCAAAAAGUAGGAACCGCAUGGCUUCUUCUUGACAAUGGGCUUCAAUCCUUCUGUGCCAAUUUUCCAACAAGCGGCUCCCUCUGCGUACAAAGGAGUUGCAAGGUGUAUACGGUCCAAGCGAACGACACAUGUGCAUCAAUAGCGGAUGCGCAGGGAGUCUCUGAGGUGAUGCUAGGUCUAUGGAAUCCCGUCCUGGGCUCGUCCUGUCGAACGAUCGGCAAAUCAACAGGCGACUCUAUCUGUAUCUCACCUCCAGGAGGUGGGAGCGAUUGGACGGAGCCAACGACAACAGCACAGCCCACGGCAGGACCCUCAGAUAUACCGGCUCCAGUGCCUGCUAACAUAGCAGCUGGCACGAAUACCCAUUGCUCUCUGUUCUAUGAGGUCCAGCCAGAAGAAUACUGCAACCUCAUUAUUAUGCGGUACAGUGUUUCCAUGGAUGACUUUAUGUUCCUGAAUCAGGGUGUCAACUCCAACUGCACAAAUCUCUUCGCCUAUGAGAGCUACUGUAUGCGGCCAGUGGGCGCCAUAGACUCGUACCCUUCCCACACGGGCUAUGUGCCGCCAGCAUCAGCAACGCCGACAAUCCCCUACGACAGCCUGCCCAAGGCAACCUACACUCCCCCCGCGAUCACGGGCCUGCCAGUUGUGCUGCCCAUCGCUAAUGGGACUAGGAAAGACUGCUACCUCUUCGUCGACGGGGAACAGCUUCAGGUCAGCUACGAUCUCGCCAGCACCGUCUACACGUCCACAUGUCAUGCCCUCGCCGGGGGCUGGGGGAUCUCCCUGGAGGAACUCCAGAACUGGAACCCGUCCCUGGACGGCAAAUCGUCCGACUGCGCGCCCCAGAAUGGCUAUAGGUACUGCCUGGAGGCAUAUGAUGUGUCGUUGGUGACGCCUGGGUCACCGCAGCCUACGGCUGAUGUCGAGCUCCCUAUUCGCGUAUUCCCCCCGUCCCCGACUACCAGUCAGGCCCCGACUACAACCGCUGUCUCCCCACCUGGCCCAACGCAGGAAGGCCAGCCCGCCAACUGUAACAAGUGGCACGUCGUCCGUGACGGUGAUGGAUGCUGGGCCAUCUCGAACCAGUACGGGAUCACGCUGGAGACUUUCUACAAGUGGUGA